AUGUACAGUGGGUCCAGUGACGGCGAGGCGCCGGCCCAGAGGAAAAUUCCGGCGGCAUCCUCGAUGCUCUGGGUACGUAACCUCCGCCGCUACAUCGGAUCUGGCGCGGGCCUCGGAUCCGAAGCUCUCAUGGAGCUAGAGACGAAAAGGAUUUUGCUGGAUAUCUUUAAAGCGAAGCAGCAAAAGAGCGCUGAAGCUGGUACCAUCCCGAGCUUCUACAAGAAGAAACCCGAGGAAGGUUCCAUAAGUCAUAGGGUCCAGAGGCUAGCAAAGUACCGGUUUCUCAAGAAACAAUCUGAUCUUUUGCUUAAUGCUGAUGACCUGGAUGCUAUGUGGGUGUGCCUGAGGGAAAAUUGCGUCAUUGAUGAUGCAACUGGUGCUGAGAAGAUGAACUAUGAGGACUUCUGCCACAUUGCUUCUGUAUGUACUGAACAAAUAGGCCUCAAAUGUCGCCGCUUUUUCAGUCCUUCAAAUUUCAUGAAGUUUGAGAAGGAUGAAUCUGGAAGAAUUUCUAUCCUACCUUUCUAUCUUUAUGUGAUGCGCACGGUUUCACUCACUCAAGCAAGAAUUGAUAUGAGUGAGCUUGAUGAGGAUUCUGAUGGCUUCCUUCAGCCUCAUGAAAUGGAAUCAUAUAUCAGAGGUCUUAUUCCCAAUUUGGCACAACUGCGGGACAUGCCUGCUGGUUUUGUGCAAAUGUAUUGUCGCAUAGCAGCACACAAAUUCUUUUUCUUCUGUGAUCCACAUAAAAGAGGGAAGGCAUGCAUAAAGAAAGUGUUGCUCAGUAAUUGUCUUCAGGAGCUAAUGGAACUGCACCAGGAAAGUGAGGAAGAGGCUACCGACACUGAACAAGCUGAAAACUGGUUCUCACUGACAUCUGCUCAACGCAUAUGUGAUAUGUUUCUUGCUCUUGAUAAAGAUAUGAAUGGAACACUUAGCAAACAGGAGCUUCGAGAUUAUGCAGAUGGCACAUUGACAGAUAUCUUUAUUGAAAGAGUAUUCGAUGAGCACGUGCGGCGUGGAAAAAGUGGUGGUGGUAAUGCUCGGGAGAUGGACUUUGAGAGUUUUCUCGACUUUGUUUUAGCUCUAGAGAAUAAAGACACUCCAGAAGGGUUAACUUAUCUGUUUAGGUGCCUCGAUCUUAAUGGAAGGGGAUUCCUGACAACUGCUGAUAUCCACACACUAUUCAGGGAUGUUCACCAGAAAUGGAUCGAAGGUGGCAAUUAUGAACUAUGUAUCGAGGAUGUAAGGGACGAGAUCUGGGACAUGGUGAAACCGGCCGACCCAUUGACGAUAACACUUGCCGAUCUACUUGCUUGCAAGCAAGGUGGAACAGUGGCAAGCAUGCUUAUUGAUGUGCGCGGUUUUUGGGCUCACGAUAACAGAGAAAAUCUUCUACAGGAGGAGGAAGAGCCGGAAGAGGAACAAUGA